AUGAAUUUUGAAAUAAGCAAUACGAAACAGAUUGGUAUUGGGUUGACACUGUUUGGAGUGACCUUCUUUACGUUGGGGAUAAUCCUCUUCUUAGAUGGAGCUUUGCUUGCCAUUGGCAAUUUGAUGUUUAUUACCGGAUUGGUCCUGGUGAUCGGUAUACAACGCACAGUGGGCUUCUUCUUCCAGUGGCACAAGAUCAAAGCUACUUGUUUAUUUUUCGGAGGAAUUUUUGUAGUUCUCAUUGGUUGGCCACUUGUUGGAAUCAUUGCUGAGAUUUGGGGAUUUUUAUUACUUUUUGGGGGGUUUCUUCCUGUAGCGAUCAACUUUUCACGGCAGUUGCCGAUCAUCGGAAGUUUUUUAAAUAUGCCAGGAGUGAGACAGGUACGCUUGUCUGCUAAAAAAUGCAUGACAUUUAUACUUAGAUUCUUUCUUAAGUAG